AUGUGUGAUUCAUAAUUUUUUAAUUUUAGCAGUCCUUUUGCCUUAAAAAAAUAGAGAAGAAUAAUAAAUGUGAUUCCUAAUGAAAUAGAUAUUGAAUAAAUUUUGAAGAAUUAUAGAAUAAAUAAUAAAAUUGAACAAGAAAUUGUUUACAAAUAACAAGUUACUAAAACAACAAAAAAUGCAAAUAAUUUGACAAGGAUGAAAAGAGUGAUACUAAAUUAAUUCAACAGGCCCAAUUAUAAUCGACAUAAUCAACAGAAAUUGAAAUAAAAAUUUUAGGAAUAGUAUCCAAAUUUUUUACAUAUUUAAAAUCUUAAAGUUACUACACAACCAAAUUCGCCACAUUUUUCAAAAAUUUUCACAAGAGAUCGUGUUUAAUCAUUAGAUGGACAUUCAUAAAAUAAAAAAUCAAUAGAUUUCAGUAAUAUUAAAACCAGAAAAAUGAGUAUUUAGUAAUAUGAGAUUACAGCUUGGACAAGAAAGACUUCAGAGAGUUUUUGA